AUGACGAACCAGGGGUAUACCAACAGGCUGAGUGCAUCCUGGCAAGCUGAACCCCAAGGACAAGACAGUUACAGGCUCCUCCUGUAUCACUGGGGGUCAGGUCUUGUGGCGGCCAAUGUAUCCGUUGGGAAAGGCACCAGCAAAUUCACCUUUUCUGGCCUGGCUCCAGGACACAAAUACCUGCUGGAAGUGGUGUCCGUGUCGGGGCCCUACGCAGCCUCCGCGGGGAACAUCAGCGACUGGACAAAGCCAAUCCCGGUGGAGGAUGUGCAAUGCCUACCGGAGUCAAGGAGCCUUUACUUGAACUGGAGCAGCUCUCCUGGAGACGUGGAGGCUUACGAGGUGGUGACAGAGAGACUUCCUGAUGGACCUCCCACCUCCAAGUAUGUCAUGAGCAUCCCUACAAGCAAGGCCAGUCUGGAGGGGCUAGAGCCAAACUCUUCCUACCGAAUCGUUGUGAGCACAGUGGGCAUGAACAUGAUGAGGAGCCAGGCUGUUACUCUGUUCUGCAACACAACAGUGGAGGCCCUGCCUCCACCCCUGCGAGCAGACGUGUUCCGGGUGGAGGCCAGCUCCACAGUUAUCAUUUCAUCUGACCUGUUCAGUGAGGAGAAUGGACAGAUCGAGUAUUACGGUGUCAUUGCUACCACUAAUGACUCGUUGCUGAGGCCCACCCAGGAAAUCAUGUCCAGCACAUGGUAUGACCACUAUUAUGGGACUGAAGACUCCUACCUGGCUGUGCUAAUCCCCAACCCCUUCCAUCCGAGCCCCGGGAGCUCCCCGGAAACCUGGCGAGUGCCAGUGGGAACAGACGAGUGCGGCCGGUCCAGGGCAACAUGCAAUGGGAAGCUGAAAGCCAAUGAACAGUACAGGUUCAGCAUUGCUGCCUUCACCAAAUACGACCCUGUAGCCCCUGCAGUGACGUUCACCAUGUUCUCGGCUGCUGGAUCUGGUGCGGAUGCAGCUCCACUCUCAAUACCAAUAAUCUCUGGAAUCAUCGUGGGAUUUCUUUUGACGCUCGCAGCUGUUUUUGCUUUGGUCUACUGGAAACAGCUCAGAGCAAAGAGGACCAGGAAGAGCAGCCUGCCCCAGGAAAUGGUGACCUACAGCCUGAGAAACAUCCAUCGGCCAAUUCCCAUACAGAACUUCAAGCAGUACUAUGAGAUGAAGACAGCAAGUGCUAACCAUGCUUUUUUCCAGGAGUUUGAGGAGCUGAAGGAAGUUGGGAAGGAGCAGCCAAAGGUGGAAGCCGAGCUCCCAGCAAAUGUCUCCAAGAACAGAUAUCCCCAUGUGCUGCCCUAUGAUCACUCCCGGGUCAAGCUGAGCCAAGUGGGGGAAGAUCCACACUCGGACUACAUCAAUGCUAACUUCAUGCCUGGCUAUACAUCCCAGCAGGAGUUCAUUGCCACCCAGGGGCCCCUGAAGAAAACGAUAGAGGACUUCUGGAGGCUGGUGUGGGAGCAGAACGUCUGCAACAUCAUCAUGCUGACAGUGUGCAUGGAGAACGGGCGGGUCCUCUGUGAUCAUUACUGGCCAUCCGAAUCUGCCCCAGUCUCCUACGGGCAGGUCCGGAUCCACCUGCUGACGCAGAGCAGCUCCGAGGAGUGGACCAUGCGCAAGUUCAGGCUGUGGCACACCAUCACCACCCCCUGGCAGGAGGGUCUUCAGGCAGAGCGGCACGUGUCCCACCUGCACUACACGGCAUGGCCCGACCACGGGAUCCCAGAGUCCACGACUUCCAUUAUGACCUUCAGAGAGCUGGUUCGGGAACAUAUCCAGAGCACCAAGGAUGCGGGGCCGACCCUUGUGCACUGCAGUGCUGGGGUGGGCCGCACAGGCACCUUCAUUGCUCUGGACCGGCUGCUGCAGCAGAUGAAGCAGGAGAAGGUGGUGGACACGUUUGGUGUUGUUUAUGCCUUGCGGAUGAACCGUUACCUGAUGAUUCAGACGCUGUCCCAGUACAUCUUCCUGCACAGCUGUAUCCUGGAGAAGAUCCUGGAGGAGCCACUCCUGGGUUUAUCAGGGACAGAGAGGUCCUGCCCCAUCCCUCUGAAAAGCUUUGCUCAGCACUAUGCUCAGAAGGCAGCCAAGUCCCACGUGGGCUUCCUGAGAGAGUAUGAGAACCUCCUAGAGGUUAUCAAGGAAGAAGCCAGCUCUGCAACACCAUCUUCAGGCAACCAGCAGGCACGGCCCUCUUCCAGCAUCCUCCCAUAUGAUCGCUCCAGAGUGAAGUUUUCCCUGCUGGAACAGGGCCCUUUCUCAGGUCUCCUGCAGGUGUGGCACGUCCCGGGCUGCAGCUCCAGCAGGGAGUAUCUGGCUGUCCAGGGGCCUGACAAGUUGACCAUAGAGGACUUCUGGACCCUGGUGUGGGAACAAGAUGUUCACACCAUUCUAACACUUCUCCCGUGGCAGGAGAAGGGGGAGGUCCCAAAUGACAUGUGCUGGCCCCUGGAAGGAGACUCUCUCUGCACAAAGAUGCUGAACAUCCAGUGUGGCACAGAGAAGCUCGUGUCUGGAUGGAGGUGUAUCCAGCUCAAAAUGAAGCAUGAGAAGAAAGCGAAGGAGAGGCAGGUACAACAGUUCCUAUACACGCUCUGGAGCAGCAAGAAGCAGCCAGAUGUCCAGAGCCUGGUGGAGCUCCUCACUGCUGUCACACGGUGCAUGCCCCACCGAAAGAGAGCCGGUCCUCUCCUGCUGCACUGCAGUGGUGGCGUGAGCCAAAUGGGGACGCUGAUCUCCCUGGAUUGCCUGUUGCACCAGAUGAAGGCAGAGAGAACCGUGGAUGUCUAUGGCGUGACCCUCCAGGUGUCGAGAAGCUGCUGCCUCAUGACCCCGACGCUGGACCAGUACAUGUUCCUGUACACCUGCAUCCGGGACAUCAUCGCUCAGAAGCAGCCCUAACACUGCUCGGCACUUCCUGGCACCCUCCUGCCCUCCACCUCUGUGG